AUGGGAGACUUCCAACAAAUCGCCCAGCAAUUCGUCGAGUUCUACUACAAAACCUUUGACGGCGAUCGCACGCAACUGGCUGCCCUCUACAGAGACAAGUCGAUGCUUACCUUCGAGAAAGAUCCGUUUUUGGGCACGCAGUCUAUUCUUGAGAAGCUUACGAAUCUACCUUUCCAAAAAGUCCAACACCGGGUCGACACGACAGAUGCGCAGCCAUCCAACGAGCAAGGAGGCAUCUUGGUUAUGGUGACUGGUGCAUUACUGGUCGAUGAUCAACAACAUCCCAUGAGCUACGUCCAGACGUUCAACCUGCAUCCCGAGGGCGGCAGCUACUUCGUGUUCAACGACGUCUUCAGACUGGUGUAUGCCGCAAGUGGAUAG